ACAUUUAUAUAUUUAAUAAAAAUGAAAUCUACGAACAUUUCUGGUAUUUUUGCCAACAAUAUCUCGUUUACUACCAACUAUUAUGUUGCAGGAUGUGGCGGUUCCGCCUUACCUAGCUUAAUGUCUCUGUGACGUUAUGAAUAUAUUUUCACCUGCGCACAAAAGACUGCCAAUGAAUUUAGAACAAUCAUCAUAGGUAUUAUACUGUGCCCUAUUAUACAGCGCUCGUCAUGGACUGGAGCGUCGCAUUGUCAAAUUCAUGUACUGUUCGGAACUUGCUAUACCGAAUAGCGAUAGACUGCCAUUUAGUUUGACCGCGUAAUGACAAAUACAUUAUUGACUCUCCGCGCGACUCAUUACUACAUAAUAUUAAAAUAUGUGUUUUUAUAUUUUUUGUUCCAUUUUAAUACUAAUGUAUCGUGUCUCAGCUCAGGAUCCGACCGCAAAUAUACCACAAGGACGUAUCGUGGGGAUUAAGGUUUAUACUGAAUCUUCUCUUACGCCUGUGGAAAUUUUCUACGGCAUUCCUUACGCGAAUGCGCCGCUAGGGAGAUUUAGAUUUUCGGCACCUGAACGUCACCCGGGCUGGAGACGUACGUUUUUUGCGCAUCGAAUGCCGCCGAGAUGCCCGCAACUGGGUUUGGACGCUGAAAGCUACAAUGAAGAUUGCCUAUUCUUAAAUAUUUUCGCUCCAAAGCGAGUAGAUGGCAAAUUGCUUCCAGUGAUGGUUCUGUUGUAUAGCGAAACAUGGUUACAAGGCGGUGCCACGUUACCCUGUCAAGAGUUGGCUUCCGAGGGUGUAGUGGUGAUUACGGUAAAUUAUCGCCUACAUUUACUGUCGCUGUUCACGCUCAACUCGGUAGCGGCCCGAGGUAACCUCGCUCUACUCGACCAGUAUCUCGCGUUGUUGUGGACUCGAGAGAACAUCGCCGCCUUCGGAGGUGACCCGAACGCGAUCACAUUGGUCGGUCAUUCCGCCGGCGCUGACUGUGUUCUACACCAUAUCGUGUCGCCCCGCUCCGCAGGUUUAUUCCACAGAGCUAUAAUUAUGUCUCCAAGAAAUAUGUGGCGUGCGAUUGAUACAGGAUUGAACAUAAAUGCUACGCAAGUUGAAAGAAUAUCUCGAUCGAUCGCAGAAGCCCUCGAGUGCUCGGGUACAACUGACAGAGAAAUUUUAAACUGUAUGCGAUCCCGUUCCAUCACCGAUAUAAUCUCGGCCGCUCUGAAUAGCACUUGGCUAAAUGAUUUGCAGCCCAUAUCCGAUAAUUUCUUACCAGAAUCAGAACAAUAUUUACCGGUCUCAGUAGCGGAAGCUCUGACAUCAUCGAAAAUGUCAAACAUUCAACUUGACGUACUCAUGGGCACUACCAACCUUGAAGCGAUCAACUCUAAUGAUUUUCUCGCAGAUCAUGCUUACGAAGAUUUAAUGAAGGAGGGACCGCAGCGGAUUUUCGAAUACGCCACCACAAGAGCGAUACCCGAGACGUUGCGCUUACUUUCAUUGCAAAGAGAAGAUACGUUGUCAAUGCUCAUUCAAAUGAUAAGAUGGGAGUUUUGGGGAGUGCAGUCAAGAAAGGAAGUGGAGAAGGAAGCGAUAGCCGCAGUGGAGGGGCUCGCGCGGAUGGAGAGUUCGGCGAGGUGGGGCGCGGGCGGCGCACUGCUGGCGGAGCGGCUGGCGCGGAGAGCCCUGCGCCUCUACGUGUACCGCUUCAGUCAGCCCUCACAAGUUGACAUACGGGGACGACACUUCAAUUUCACAGGAGCAGUACAUGGUGCCGAUUUAAUAGCACUUCUGGGAGAUGCUUUAAUGCUUCAAAUAGCUCGCAGACCUGCUACUGAUAGCGAGAAACGAAUUUCGUCUGUUUUUCGGAAAUACAUUACGAACUUCGUUAGAUUUGGAUAUCCAGACGCAAAUGAUGGAUGGGAAAGAUAUAAAGUUGGAAAUGCGUACGUUCAAGAAAUUCGUGAAGGAUUUAAUAACGACCACAACUAUUUUUCUGCAUCCAGAGAUGUAGCGUUUUGGCUUAAGUAUUUGCCGAACCUUUCGAACUUACUGAAUAGCAGAGAGCAUUCGGAACAAUUCACUACCGAAGAAGAUGGAAGUCGUUUACGUGGCGGUAUGGUCGCUAUGAGUGCGGUAUCGGUAGUGUUGCUGUUGUUGCUGUGCGCGGCCGCGGGCCUGCUGCACUGGCGACGAACUCGUAGAUUUUCACUCCAUGACGACGUUAUGAACCACCAUUGAAUGAUUUACAUAAUUUUGGAACUAUAGUUUAUUUCCUAAACAAUAACAUUGCUGCAAUAAUAAAAAUUCCCAAGA